AUGGAGGCAGAGGAGGAGGAUGAAGGAGAAGAGGAGCGCGAAAGAGGGGUAAAGUCGGAAAUGGUGGUGGUUUCGCCGCCGUUUGCCGCGUCGGAGGACUCUUCUUCCAAAUCGCGAGAAGAACAACAACAACAACAACAACAACAACAACAACGAGAGGAGACAAAGCCGUUCGAGCGGAUCGAGUGGCCUCGACCGAACAAAACGAAACAACCCGGGGAUAUUUUAUUCUGGCCGAGGACGGACCAACCGAUAGCGUACACGCACUGGGCGGUAUACAUUGGUCGGAGGAAACCGAUGGGGAAUAAAUUCGUGGAAAAUGAAAGUUUUCCCGAGGCGGUGGUGCACUUGUGGGGCGCAGCGGACGCGAAGGAUCGAUCGAUGUCCAAGGACGCGGCGGUGAUUUACAGCGAAUUGAGCGAGGUGAAUUGCGAGAAGGAUGCGCCGAGACCUUUUUGUGGGAAUUAUAAGUACGAUUCGUUGUAUACGCCGAUGCGACCGAGUCAGAUUUUGCAUCGAACGUUUGUCGCUUUGGAGCAUAAGUUUUACGAAAACGAAUUCGGAGGGUACUCGGUGACUCUGAAUAAUUGCGAGCAUUUCGCGACGUGGGCCAGGUACGGGUUUCAGCACUCGAGUCAGGUUGGGGACGUGUUGACGACUGGGUUGAGCGCGUUGGGGACGUUCAUGAUGGGCCCUCCGGGAUUAGCGUUGGGGUACAUCGCGGGCAACUUGGUCCAAGACGAAACCAGGAAAGCGAGGAGGCACAAGAAUAACCAAUUAGACGAGGCUAUUAGAUCCAGUUAUCGGAACGAAAAGAAACAGAUGAAACCAGGAAUGACAGCGGAGGACAAAGAAGGAGAAUCCUCGACGAUAUACGAAAUUCUCGACGAAGAAGCCACUCACGACUUUUCGGACGAGAAAGAAGUCGACUGGACAGUUGACUGCCUCCUAGAUUACGUGGAAACGUCAAACGUUCAAUUUAGCCAAGAGAAACACGAUAAAUACGAGCAACACGAUAAACACAGGGACGACAACCGGCCGUUUCGUGUGUCUCUGAAAGCCGCGGAUGAAAACUCGGCGUUGUACAAGGACCGAAAAUCCUCAGCCGGCCAAACGAACAUCAUCGACGUAGAUUCGCGAGGUGAAGUCCGACUCGGCGGCAAAGCGCAACCCAAACCGGAGACCGACUUGAAAGAACUCGCCAAAGACUUGGGUAAAAUAGGAAAAGAAGUAGGUAAAGGCAUGCUCAGCAUGCUCGGCUCCGUCGCCAACGACUUGGCCGAAGCUGCCAAGAAGAGACAAGAAGCGAGAGUAAAGAGAGAAAAAGAGGCGUUGGAAAAGUUGGAAAAAUUAAAAGUCCAAUCUUCUUCUUCUGCUCCUGCUGCUCCAUCGAAUACUGCAAACGACGAGAAUAACCAACCGUCUGCUUCCAACAGUAACGAAGACCGUUUUUGA